CAAUGCUGCUGGGUUUGACCUUGGCUACUCUCGCGAUAGUUGCUAAUCGCGCUCGCCGGACUGCGAAAGGCAGCCAAACAGAGAGAGAGAGUGUUCACGUGACAGGAAAAAGGAUGCCUUCGGGCGCGCGGGGCUUGGUGCUGGUGGCCCGAACGGUGGGAAGCUGGGGCUGGAGGCCGGUUAGGCUUUGUCACCGUGGCAAUAGCCAGGCAUUCCGCGGGGAGCAGCGCGGGAAGAGCUCCGAGGCGCUCGCGGCGUUUCGCCGGCAGCAGGAGCAGCAAUGGAAGCAACGCAACAGGACGGUGCUCACCUAUCUGGCGGCCGGCGCCGUGGGCAUGGCAGGCUUAUCCUACGCAGCCGUGCCGUUGUAUCGCCUUUAUUGCCAGGCUACCGGACUUGGUGGGUCAGCUGUAGCAGGUCAUAGUUCGGACCAGAUUGAGACCAUGGAACCUGUAAAAGACUGUAUCAUUAAAGUCACCUUCAACUCAGAUGUACAUUCAAGUCUUCAGUGGAAUUUCAAGCCUCAGCAGACUGAAGUUUAUGUGGUUCCAGGAGAAACUGCGCUGGCCUUUUAUAAAGCAAAGAAUCCCACUGAUAAACCAAUAAUUGGAAUAUCUACCUACAACGUACUACCACCUGAAGCUGGACAAUAUUUCAAUAAGAUACAAUGCUUUUGUUUUGAAGAACAAAGACUCAAUCCUCAUGAAGAAGUGGACAUGCCAGUAUUUUUCUUCAUUGAUCCUGAAUUUGUAGAAGACCCAAAGAUGGAGAGAGUGAAUUUGAUUACUCUUUCUUACACGUUUUUUGAAGCGAAAGAAGGAUAUAAACCACCACUUCCAGGUUAUAAUUAAUAGUAUAACAUGUAGACUCUGCAACAGAGAUCUCUCUUCAGUUCUCUAUUGAUGAUCCACUGACUGUGUAAAAAUAACCUCUUUAACCUAGGAAGAAGAUGCUGAACAAUUCAGGCAUUGUGUUUUAUGUGUUGAAUAUGCACUGAUGUGUCUUCUCUUUGGAGAUGUGAUUAAUCUUCACUUUAAAACCAAACUCGGAAUACAAAGAAAUGAUAUACAAAAAUAGGUCAUAUUGUUCAUUUCUCUCUCUCACUCACAGGAAGGUCUGUCCAAUUGCCAAUUUAUGACUGUCAUUUUAUAAUUUUUUUUAAAAAAAGCUUCAAUUUCACAGAGUUAUCUAAAAUAUUACUUAAUAGAUUAGUGUGUCAAAGGGGAAAACAGUAAAUUGUUUACUUUUGGGAGAUUUGAUGUCUAUUUAAUAAAUGCAGCAUUACUAGAUUUGACUUUACUUGUCUACCUUAAAUCAGAAGUAGCAUGAUCUGGUAAGCUUUGUAAGCUGUUUGAAUAAAUGUGCAGAGGAUAUCAUUGAAUGUGUUAUGUUAAAACUCAGUUGUUCUGUGCAGCAGCUUUUUAUUCUGAAAGCUAUAUUCACAUUUUUGAUGAGUUAUCUACAAGCCAAAAUAAAUAAUAUCAGCAACCUUUUUUGAAAGCCUGUUUUUAUCCCUCCCGUAAUAGUGUAAGUUAUUAUUAUUAUUUAUUUUAUUUUUAUCCCGCCUUUAUUAAACCUUUCCUCUUGAGUUCUUCUUCAGGGUAACAAAUUUACACUUUAAUUCUAUUAUUUCUGUUUCAUUAUCACCUUAAGUAACACACAACCAGGUCAAAAAAAGACUGAGCAGCUGUAUUUGUAUAACACGCUAAGCUUGAUUAGGUCUAACCUUGAUUUACCUUUUUCUGUGGCUUAGCAUAUUGCACAAAUCCACUGUUUUCUGCAAACUCAGAAAAUGGAUUAAAAUUCAAUAACCAGGUUAAAUUUGUUGUGCCAAUUUUUCAGUGUAGACGACGGUGCUCUGAUUUUCUCAUAAAUAUACCCGUGUUGGGGGGGGGGGGUUGAGAAAAUGAUUCUAUUAACAUGGGCUUUUAGCUUCAGUAAAUCUGAAUAGACCCCUGCCUGGAACAACCUGAGAAACUGCUUUUCCAAAAGAAAAAAAAAUGAACAUUACUGUAGAGGAUAGUAUGUAUUGAAAACCAUGCCAAGCAGUAUCGAAAAUAUAUUACAUUUCAAAAGUAGGGCUAUUUGUUACCACAAAUGGUUCACCUCACUGUGUGGUGGAAAUUGGGUGGGGAGGCAGAAAAUCCCCCCCAUAAAAACUUUAUAGGUUUGACAACGUUGCAAAGCACAUUUGCAUUGAAAAUAGGAGGCUAAGCCUAAGACUACUUAAUUUUGUAUUUCUCCCUACUUUUCUCUAUGCAUCUCCCUAAUGUUUAUGGAAGAUCCCUCAACAGUCCAGAGUAAAUCUGGGAGAGUGGAUCUGCUGUACCACAAAACCACUGCAGAAGCAAAUUUUGCAUUUUUAAUGAGUUGAACCUGAUGAAAUGUACUUAAGGUAGGAUAUGUAGGAUACACAUCUUAGAUUUGAAGUGUCUUCUGUUGAAUAGUUUGAUAAAUCACCUUAUAUACUAUACAUAAAACACAAGCUAACCAU